AUGUCUAUGUCUGAUGAUGUAUCAACAUCCAAUAAUAAUGAUGUUACAGAUGAAUUAAUAUCACACGCUCAAAACAGUAACUCAUUACCAAAUCUAAAUGAUGAGCCUUCGAUUCAAUUUUCUAUGGCUAAAUUAGUCUCACAGCCGUUUCCAACAUUUAAUAUCACUUUGCCUUAUCCAAAUAUAAAAAUCGUUUGCGAAUUUUAUACAAGUUGGCAUCAUAGUAGUAUGUAUACCUCUAAUGAUACUGAUUGUUCUGCCAAUCUUAAAUUGUUUGAUGAUGGAAAUUAUAAAUUUACUCCUACUGAAAAUAUGAUUAAUGUUCCUUAUAUUAGUCAUUUGCACUUUUAUUGGAAUAUUUCUGUAGAUGACAUAAGUAAUAUUACUUUCGGUGCAGAAUUACUUGAUAUCAAAAAAAACCAUACAGAUCAAAUUACCCUCCAAAAUUACAUAGGUUAUCUCAAUAAAUUUAAUUUCGUGUCUAUUCAAGGAAACAAGCAAAAUAAGGUUCUUAUUGAAUGGACUAGAAUGAAUUACUUAAUUCGUGAUUGGACAAAUUAUUUAGGUUUUCCUAAUCAUCAUAUUCCACUUCGUAUUGCAAAAUCAACAACUCCAACACCUACAUUAAGCCAUUUCAAUCAGACUGAAGUACUUAUUUACCCAUAUGGUUCUAGAGAUGAAUAUUUUGAAAUUGUUGAAACAGAAAAAAGGUUUGAAACCGUCUUGAGCAAUAUCGGUCCACUUGGAGGUGCAAUUAGCUUGCUGUUAGGAGCUUAUGCUGUUUUAUUUGGCGGAUCACUCCUGGAUCCAUGGGGAAUCUUCCAAAAAUGUUGUUGCAAGUAUAAACCAAGGUCGAAAAGAAAGCUUUUGAAAAAUUUAUCGAUGAUUCCUUUAAUCGAAAAAAACCAAUUACAUUAUGGAAAUUCUAAAGAUCCGGAUCUUAUCUCUCUUAUCACAAGGUUCAAUUCUUUGGAAAUAAUUCUAAGAGAGUACGUUAUAAACACGGAUUUCCUUAAUGAAUUGGAGACUGAAAAAAUUGAUAUUGAGAGUAAUUAA